GCGCUGGUGACGUAGAUAAAAAGGGACGCGGAGGCGCAAAAAAAAAGUGGGAGAUUCGAAGUGUGUAAACAAAAACGUGUUUAAAUUGUAUUUCUGACCUGUAGCCACAUAUUUAAUGCACUGACACGACAUCCUGGAGACCUGCACUAACGCGUCUGAUGGCGACCCCGAGCAAGACACCACCCGGAGCUGACCCAAAGCAGCUGGAGCGGACUGGGACGGUCCGGGAGAUCGGUUCCCAGGCGGUGUGGUCCCUCUCCUCCUGUAAACCUGGUUUUGGAGUGGAUCAACUGAGGGAUGACAACUUGGAGACCUACUGGCAGUCAGAUGGGUCCCAGCCUCACCUGGUUAACAUACAGUUCAGGAGGAGGACGACUGUAAAGAUGCUGUGCAUUUACGCUGAUUAUAAAUCAGACGAGAGCUACACCCCGAGUAAGAUCUCAGUGCGAGUCGGCAACAACUUCCACAAUCUCCAAGAAAUCAGGCAGCUGGAGAUGGUGGAGCCCAGUGGCUGGAUUCACAUCUCACUCAUGAAUCCGCGCACAAAUGAGCCCAUCAGCACCUUCAUGAUCCAAAUUGCCGUACUGGCCAACCACCAGAACGGUAGAGACACGCACAUGAGGCAGAUCAAAGUGUACACACCUGUGGAGGAGAGCUCCAUCGGCAAGUUCCCACGAUGCACCACGGUCGACUUCAUGAUGUACCGAACCAUCAGGUGAUCUGGACUGACCUGGGAACCCUGAAAGAGACUGAUAUGUGGAGCAGAUAAUUAUCACUGAGAAGAAACACAGUGAAGUUGCCAUUGUUGAAUAUUUGAAGGUGUUUAAUGAGAGACAUUGUCUCCAAUCGGUGCCAGUUUGUGUUUUGAUGUUUUAGCAGCGAGUUUCCUCACAGACACAUUGUGUUGGUGUGAGUUUGGUUCCUAAAUUUAAACCUUUUGCCUCUUACAGUAG